CUCCUCCGAUCACACUACAGUACGAUCACGCACACAGCUUGUUUUCUCCUGCCGUAUCACACGACUGCCCCACACCAGCAUCCAUCGUCCAUCCACGCAUACCACCACACAUAUAAACUCAAAUUUUACGAUGGCGACACCCACGUAUGACCACGCAACCCUGGGCAUCACGGACCCGACGUAUCAGAUCCCGCCUGGGUACCUGGGCAACCUGACGCCAGCGCAGGAGAGCGCGUUUGCGCAGGCGAAGAAGGAGCUGCAAGAGGAGGGCUGGCUCGUGGAGGGCCCCAUACGUAUGACGGACUCCGAGUUGUGUCGAUUCCUCCGUGCGCGUCAGUUUAACGUCGCGAAGACGAAGGAGAUGUUCAUCUCGUGCGAGAAGUGGCGGAAGGAGUUCGGCGUCGACGACCUCGUAGCCAACUUCGAAUACCCAGAGCUGGCGGAGGUGGACAAGUACUACCCGCAGUACUACCACAAGACCGAUAUCGAUGGGCGGCCUGUAUAUAUCGAGCGUCUCGGCCUGAUCGAUCUCACCGCCAUCUACAAAGUCACAACGCAGGAGCGCCAGCUGCAGCACCUCGUCACGGAGUACGAGAAGUCGAUCAACCAGCGCCUUCCCGCGUGCUCCGCCGCGGCGGGCCACCCAGUGCAGAACUUCUGCACGAUCCUCGACCUCAAGGACGCGUCGCUGUCCAACUUCUACCGCGUCAAGGACUACGUGUUCAAGGCCGCCGACUUCGGUCAGAACCGCUACCCUGAGACCCUGGGCAAGUUCUACAUCAUCAAUGCGCCGUGGCUUUUCUCGGGCGUCUGGAGCGUCAUCAAGCCGUGGUUGGACGAGGUGACCGUGUCGAAGAUCGAGAUCCUCGGGUCAACAUACCAGGACAAGCUUUUGGAGCAGAUUCCGGCGGAGAAUCUGCCCGCCAUGUUUGGUGGGAAGUGUUCGUGCCCUGGGGGGUGCUCGUUGGCGGAUGCUGGUCCGUGGUCGGAAGCAGGGAAGACAGCACAGCCUGAAGAAGUGACGGGGGCAGUGCCGGGAGCAGCGCCGGGGGUAGUGACUGAGCCAGUGGUGGAGACCGAGGCUGCUGGUGAGGUACUGUCUGCUUGAAAUCUAGAGUAGAAUGCUAGAUAGACUUCGAAGGGUGUCCCGCGACUUUGACUUGAUCUGUCGGGAUGGCUAUGGCGAGACUUACGCCACAGGGCUGUUAGCGCAGUUGGUAGCGCGUCCGCUUAGCAUGUUGGCUUGCGGGAGGUCACCGGUUCGACUCCGGUAUAGUCCAUUUCCGCCAGUGAAGGAUCGUUUUUGGCCUCCUUGGCCCAGCUGGCCAUGUGCGUAGUUGCGUAUCGUCUUGUCCCGUUAAACACUUCUCCUAUGGGUCGUUGUCAUCUUAUUUGAUGUUUCUCCCCUUGCAAUAGGCCGGAGGAAGAGGUGCAUCCCUAGCUUAUGGCGAAACGAUCGACGAUCGGUGCCUCAACGUCAAAGCUUCUCAUUCCCCGUAUUCAGACAUUUACUAUCCCUUCGCCUACUCCGAUCUUCACACCUAUGCCGCCACCUCCUCCAAAGUCGUCGCGUCCGACGCGUCAACCUGCCGACGAGAAUCUACCGCCGUCACAACAACACGCAGCGCUGCAAAUGGUGCGCGCCAACAAGAUGGAGCGCGUCGUGCGGGAGGCUGGGCCACUCCCGUUCCAUCGCCUGCAAGCUCCUGAUACUCUCGGAAAGACGCCGAAAGCCCCCGCUCAGCUACCCAGCAACGCCGAUCCCACCGCGCGCACGGCGUUCCAGGAGAACCUCAUGCGGCGUGUGAUGCGCCGGGCGAGUCCGUUCACGCAUGGACAAGGGCACGGCACGCGUCGCCCGCCUCUCGUCGCGACCCAGUCUGCACCCGCUAUCCACGUACGCCCGAUCGCCAAGCAUGCAGCGGCUCUCUCUGUUCUCAUGCCCGUCCUUGACCUCCCCAUCCACACCCAUGCCCACACUCCACUAGCACUCACCCGCACGCGCAGCCACACGAUGAUAACGACGGCGACGACGGCGUACCUUCUGCCUCCGGGCCCGCUCACGCCCAGCGAGGGCGCGGCGAUCCUGCGCUCGCCGGUGAUCCCUGAGCGCGCGCCGCGGUUUGUGGUGAGCGACGAGCGACUGACGCCGAGUGCCGAGAUCCACCGCGUGUCGCACGUCAUUGGGCGGGAGAAUAUGUGUCUGCCGCGUCGCGACUCGUACCACGUCGUGCGCGAGGUCGGGCCAGACACUCCUGAUGAGCGCAUUCUGCGCACGUUCCGGAGGAAGAGCUACGCAGAUGGGUCGGCCCAGUUUCAUUGCGAUGACGCGCCGUUGUAUUGAGGAGGACCUCGGAUGUGCUCUUGGUGAGGAUUCUUAAUCUUAGCGAAGAACGUGAUCUUGGCGUAGCGGUGACUGUGUGAACUCGAGGUCGGCUCGGAUUCUACUUCAAGUUCUUUGUAGCCACUGUCCUUAAUCUGUAAACAUGAUUCAAACUGUACCGAACUGUACAAGGGAGAUGCGAAUCGAAGUAAUUGCCUUCGCUGGUAUCAUAGCGAGAGUCCGGGAAAAGUCAGGUGAAGCAUUCAAGUCUACUUUAGAAUGUUCUGAGGAAGGUGUAUGUGGGGGCGAGAGCACAGAUAUGCAGCUCAAAAUCCGGUAGCAGGGACACUAUGAGCCGGGGACGAUGAUACCAGAGAUUCUCCGCUUGACAUGGCGGACGACGGACAUCGCCACUCGUGUGGCCUUCGAAGGCUCCCUCCACGAUGGUAUAACAUCCUGCGGAGUGCGAGGUGAUACAAUGUCCCGACUACUUGCAGGGCUGGAGGCCAAAUCCGGUACACCGGCAGAGGAAGUACAGGCGACUGAGGUCGUCGUUAUCCUCCUACGGCGAUGAUGCCUCACGGACCGAUUUCGCCCGGAGUAGCGGACAGAUUCCGCCAGUCCUUCAUCGGCCCGUUUCUUCAUCCCCUCGCACUGCACCAACACCUCCACCUCCCUAACACGGAGCUCCCAAUCCAGCACCGCCAGCACAUCGCGCUCGAUCUUGCUCACAUCACGCGUCGUGAAGAGCCCCGCAGUGCACAUCGCCCAGUGGCAGUUCAGCAUCGUGCUGUCUUGCGUGUACUUGCUCGCGAGCACGAGCGCACCGAGGAUGAGGCGCUGGGCGACGAAAGCGGAAGCACCGCGGAUGGACAUGAUCGCGCGCGCGCGCGUUAUGUACGUCAGCGCGACAAGCAGUGUCGGAGUGGUGAUUUGGGCGUGCGAGACGAGGGUCGUAACAAAGUCAGUCAGGUGGCGAUGGUCGUCCUCUGCGCUUCGGGAGCCAGUAUACCGG